AAAAAAAAAAUAUGGAGAGAUGAAAAAUUAAAAUUAAUCAUCUAAUCUAGAUUCAAAGGUUAUAUCGCUAAUACUGACUAUUACAAGAUGAUUGGAGCAUCUAGAUCAGUUAUAAGUUCUGUUGGUAGAAGAACAAUUGCUAAAUGUUCUAAACCUAUAUUAUCUUCCUCGGUAAGAUACUUAUCUACCACUUUAAACAACCAUAAUGAAUCUAAAAUACGAGUCAAAAAUCAAUAUAUCAGAUCUUAUUCAAGUAGUAGUACUGUUCCAUUAACGGCUGAAACUUAUGCUGAUAAAGUUCAACGUGAUGAAAGAUUCAAAGCCUUAGAUGCUGAAGAUAUUCAAUAUUUCAAAUCAAUUUUAAAUGAUUCUAUUAUUGAAAAUGAAGAUGAUCUUUUAUUUUAUAAUGAAGAUUGGAUGAGAAAAUAUCGUGGUCAAUCGAAAUUAUUAUUAAAACCCAAAACUACUGAACAAGUAAGUCAAAUUUUGAAAUAUUGUAAUGAUAAGAAAUUAGCUGUUGUACCUCAAGGUGGUAAUACUGGUUUAGUAGGAGGUUCUAUUCCAGUAUUUGAUGAAAUCAUCUUAUCAUUAUCAUCCAUAAAUAAAAUCAGAUCGUUUGAUUCAGUAAGUGGGAUUUUAAAAUGUGAUGCCGGUGUCAUUUUAGAAACUGCUGAUCAAUAUUUAGCUGAUCAAGGAUAUAUAUUCCCUCUUGAUUUAGGUGCCAAAGGUUCUUGUCAUGUAGGUGGUGUGGUGGCUACUAAUGCUGGUGGUUUAAGAUUAUUAAGAUAUGGUUCAUUACAUGGAUCAGUAUUAGGAUUAGAAGCUGUUUUACCAGAUGGUACUAUUUAUAAUUCGAUGGAUUCUUUAAGAAAAGAUAAUACUGGUUACGAUUUAAAACAUUUAUUUAUUGGAAGUGAAGGUUCAAUUGGAGUUAUUACUGGGGUAUCAAUUUUAUGUCCUGCUAGACCACAAGCUUUUAAUGUGGCUUUCUUAGGUGUAUCCUCCUAUGAAGCUGUUCAACAAGUCUUUAAUGAUGCUAGAAAAGAAUUAAGUGAGAUUUUAUCUGCUUUUGAAUUCAUGGAUUUAAAUUCUCAAAGAUUAGUAGGACAAUAUUUAAAAUCAGAUCAUCCAAUUGAAAGUGCUGAAUAUCCAUUUUAUGUCUUAAUUGAAACUUCAGGAUCUAAUAAAGAUCAUGAUGAUGAAAAAUUAGAAACUUUCUUAGGAACCGCUAUGGAAAAUGGAUUAGUUGAAGAUGGUAUCAUCGCCCAAGAUGAAACUCAAUUAAAGAAUUUAUGGAAUUGGCGUGAAAAUAUCCCUGAAGCUUCACAAAUGAAUGGUGGAGUGUAUAAAUAUGAUGUUUCCAUUCCAUUAAAGGAUCUUUAUGGAUUAGUUGAAGCUGCUAAUGAAAGAUUAGAAGCAGCUGGUAUAGUUGAUUUUGAAGAUGCUUCUAAACCAGUUGUGAAAGCGGUUGGAUAUGGACAUAUUGGAGAUGGGAAUUUACAUUUAAAUGUGGCUGUAAGACAAUAUUCUAAAGCAGUUGAAAAAGUAUUAGAACCAUUUGUUUAUGAAUGGGUAUCAUCUAAAAAAGGAUCUAUCUCUGCUGAACAUGGGUUAGGAUUCCAAAAGAAGAAUUAUAUAAGUUAUUCCAAAUCUGAUAUUGAAAUUAAAUUAUUUAAAGAUAUUAAGAAACAUUACGAUCCAAAUGGAAUUUUAAAUCCUUACAAGUACAUUUAAAGAAAAAAAAAACCAUUUGACUAAAAAAAAGUGUAUAAGGUAUUAUAUAUAAGUUUAUAAAUUAAAUAAAUCCUAUUUAUGACUAAACUA